UUAAAUGUCUUUUUUAGAAAAUGACUAUUGCUUAGUUAUGUAAGUUGCCGUAGAUUUAUUUAACUUUAUUGUGGGAGGUGAAUUCAUUGCUGUCAGUGUGCUUGUGCACAGAUCUUUCUUUCCAGACAUCUUUAGUGACUCAUGACUUACUGACUCUCGAGCUGAACAUGUUGUCGACUUUGCAGUUCCAAAGUGCUCACAGUGCAGGUAGUACACACUGAUCUACUGCAGUUUGUGCACUUCAGGUGCUGCUAGUCACCUUUCCUCAUUCAUCAGCCUGUUUACACACACACACACACACACACAAAGGUGAAAGAACUCUUGUGGGUUUACAGCGAGUUUUGUUGGUUUGCUCUCAGCUUCUGCCAGUCUCUGCUGUGCAAAUCCAUGCAAAGCUCUCUGUUUCUCAGACACACAGCCAAACGGAGGAGAUAUGAGUUUUUGUGUUGUGUUGCUCCAAGCUUUGAACCCCCGAAGCACUAAAAAAAACAAAAACAAUCUGACUCACUGCAGGCACAAGAGAGCAGGAGAUGUUAAAGCAUCUCAACAUCAAGUUUCUUUGACGUCGCUGUUUUUGUCUUGCUGUUUUCAGGUGGAUGACUUCACAAUUUCAGUACUUGACAAAAUGAAAAAGAAAUUGCACAGUAUCCAUCUGCAAUCCGCCAGAUGUUGUGAGCAGCUACGCACUCCGAUAGACCUGCUUUUGUCUGAUUUUUAAAUGAACUUUUCUUCAGCCUGCAGAUGAGUUACAAAUGUUGGUUUGUCUGGUGCCUGCAGCAUGAACACUAGGUGGCACCAUUUCAGCUUUAUUGGCACCUUGGCGCUGAGUGGAAGUAAAUUAACUGACCACUCAUGAAGGGAAGAAGAUGGAGAAUGAUCAAAUAAAAUGCCACUGUGUUAUUUAAUUAGAUUUAUAUAGUUAUUAAGAUGAGAGGAGGCUGUUAAUGAUCACUUUUGUUGGGGUUGUACUUAUUUCUGGAUGUUCCACCUGCUCUCUUUACUCUCCAUGUGUUUGAAUAAUAAAAGCUCAUAAUCAGAUCACAUCCGAUGCCAGUGUGUCAUUUUUACUGUAAUAUAUGCGCACUCUAUUGUGUGAAUAAUAAACUAUACAAGUACUGCUGCCCUAAUUGCAUCCUAACAUACAGCAACAUUCAUCUAACAGACAGCCCGCAUGCACCGCAUUAAUCCCCCUCCUUAUAUCUCCACUGCUGCAGCCGCACAGAGCCAAUGUAUCAGCUCACAUCACUACUAUAUAACACGAGAGGGGAGAUCUCUGUACGCGCAGGUCCAUGCAGUGGCGCGUGCACUUUUCAGAGAGGGAGGUGAGCGCGCGCGCGUCUAUCCGGGGCUCGUUCAUCUGUGCAGCGAGCUGGGAGUCAGAUGCACGUGAAGAGGGGCUCAUAAGUUAUCAGCACUGGAGUAGCUUCACCAAGAGGCACCAAUCGAGCUGCUUUCCGUGCGGGCGGAGUGCUGAGGCUGAAGCGGGAUACAGGAGAAGCCGGAUGAUGCUGAUGCCCGGAGCCACAGCUUCACCUCAUCAGCGCUAACACGGGAUCCUCCUGUAACUUUGAAUGUGUUUUUAUUAUUAUUUAUCUCAGCUGCUGUUAUUCUGUCCGGUUUGGUGAAGUGCUCUCCCGCCCGCAAUGCUCGGUCCAUCAGUCCACGGUGCGCUCUUUCUGUGCGCCUUCCUCCAGCUGUUCUCUCUGCUCGGCGGACAGGUGCCAAACUGCCAGGAGGUGCGCACAGUGUUUCACUCUCUGCAUCCGGGCUCCAAGUGGGUCCCCGAAAACCCAGUGUCAGGUGCGGAUCUGCAGGUUUGCCAAACCAAAGGCCCGACCUGCUGUUCCAAGAAGAUGGAGGAGCGGUAUCAGGUAGCCGCACGUAGCAACAUGGAGUCUGGCCUGCAGGUUGUCAGCGCUCAGCUCAAACGUCUUAUCAUCCAGAAUGCGGCGAUAUUUCAAGAGGCCUUUGACUUGGUGCUGCGUCACGGCCGUAACUCCACCCUGGCCAUGCUGAAGUCAGAGUUCCCAGGUCUUGGAGCUGGAGCCCAGAGCUCUGUGGGGCAACUCUUCCUGGACAUGUCGCUGUACAUCCUGGGCUCAGACUCCUCAGUGGACCACAUGGUGGCGUUGCUCUACGGUCGCCUCUUCCCCCUGGUGUACCGCCGCCUCCUAGCGGGCAGCGUAUCCUCUCUGUCUGAGGAGUGUGUAAGAGGAGCCUGGAAGGACUCAGGAGCAUUUGGCCCUUAUCCCAAAUUGAUGAUGACCCGUCUGUCUCGCUCCCUUCUGGCCACACGAGUCUUCCUGCAGGCACUGAACCUGGGCAUUGAGGUUGUCAACACCACCGACCACCUACGGCCCGGGCGGGACUGUAGCCGGGCCCUGCUGCGCCUGUGGUACUGCCCGCACUGCCAGGGCAUGCUGGGGCCGCCAGCUUGCAGAGGCUUCUGUCAGGCAGUGAUGCAGGGCUGCCUGGGGGGAGCGGCCGAGGUGCAGCCUCAUUGGAGGACCUACGUAGACGGACUGGGGAAGCUGGCUGGUGCCAUGAGAGGAGAGCAGGACAUGGAGGCUGUUGUUCUAAGACUGCCUUCAAUGAUCAAACUGGCUCUCAAGCACGCUGUGAAUGCACGCACCCGCCUGAGUGCUCUGGUGAGCGGGAUGUGUGGAAGCACACCUCAGCGUGCCUCCCGCUCAGUCGGUUCUCCUCCAGCUGCCUCUGCAGCCCGCAGCACGCAGCCCUCAUCCCUGGAUUCGGAUGAGACUUUGGCCGGCCUCCGCAGGGAGUUCAUAUCUAACCUGAGGGGCUUCAGCUCCUUCUACAGCGGUCUUGGGGAGGCGCUGUGCAGCCGUGAGCCUGCUCCGGCAAACCACUCCCUCUGCUGGAACGGGCAGGAGAUGACAGACAGGUUUCCUGGACCCGGCCUGAAGCGAUCACACCCCGGCUCUGAAUCCCGAAGCAACAAGCUGCCCGAGCCUGUCAUCAACCAGAUCAUAGACAAACUCAAGCACAUCAACCAUUUGCUGCGGCUGGUGACGGUGUCAGAGAAGCGCUGGAGAGCACGGUCGCGUGGAGGCGGAGGUGGAGGUGGAGUGGACGACGAGGGGGAGGAGGGAUUCGUGAGCGGGGACUGUGACGAUGAGGAUGAGUGUGCCGGAGUGUCAGGGCUUGGGCCACCACCGAGACGCAAGCGGUUACGCAUCUUUGCAGCGAGUCAAAGAGAUCACAGUCCAAAACACAAGCAGUGGGCACAGCAGAGAGGUGUUUACAUGACUACUGUACAUGUUGACACCACCGUGACACUAUGCAGCAGAAGACGUGAGACUUCCUCAGGUAGCCGCCUCACCUCGACCUCCCGACCCGCUCUCCGUCAAUCCCUUGGAAACGUCGGACGUGCCCUCCGAAAGUCAAACAAAGAACAAAUGAAGCUACAAACUGUUGGAAGAAAAGAAACCAAACAGAAGAAGAGGGAGAAACAGGCAGGGAGCAGGAACAAGGGGGUUCGAUACUCCCGACACAAAGCCAGCGCAGCUGAGCAAACACGGCAGUGGGAGUAGUCCUCCUGUCGGGGAUGUUGUGGCAGAGAUUUGGGUUCGCCGGGCAGGGAUCGAGAGCAGGAACCCGGGGUUAACACAGGAAUCCUGCAGGGCCAUCACUUCCAGCAGGCUGGGCCGUGAGAGUCUGAUGCCCUCUCUUCCACGCUCCUGUUAGCCUGACUGUACAGUUCAGCUUCGAUACACAGAGUCAUUAUACUGUCUCCGGCUCUGGCUCACAAGCUGCUGAGGCCGAUAUGGUGGGAAAUUAAAGCACCCUUUAUAGCCUGACUUCCAUCUCUGCCUUAAUAUCCCCUUAUCUUCCCUCUGAAUUAGCAGAUUAGACGUGCAUUUUAGUGUUUGUGCUCCGAGUCAUGGGUCUGCAGGCACCUAUACGCCUGUUUGCUCCUGUUUGUACACGAGCCAGUAAUGUUUGCAGACCUUGGAGAGUCCCUUCUCAUUGGCAGAUGCACAGAUAGCUGCUGAUAGCCUGUGAUGACCCAGCAAAGCGCUGACCUAGCACGGCCACUCAGCCCAUUUUGGUCAUUCAAGGGGGGGGACUGGGGGUUCAAAGGUCAACCUGCAGAGCAUGAGGCCUAAUGGGCAGCCUGUCUGUGCUCUGCUGCUCUGGGAUGGGACGAGGCAGAUCUGGUUUCACAAAGCCUGGAGCAAAGCAGCGGUGUAGUACAUACACAUUCACACAAGGGGUUGGGGAAAGGUGACAGAAGCCACAACAACAAGGUGCAGACAGGACAGAGGCAGGGCUGAGACCCCCCGCACGGUCCGGCUGUCAGCCCGCUGAUGAGACGGAGGAUGUUCCCAAACGUACGUAAUGAUUGAUCUGUCCUCGCUCAUUCUCUACACAGAUUCCAUAACCUACUGAUCACUAAUGCUGCCACACACACAGAGGCACACACACUUCCCCUCCCGACCGUUCAAUCACACAUUCCUCAGAGCAUUCCAGGCCAGAGGAGCUAUUCCAGGACAGGGACCCCCCUCCCUGCACCAACCCCUCCCCUACAAAGCCAGACGAACAGCCAGGCACUGGACUGGUUGCAGCUCACACACCAGACAGAUCGCUCACUGACCUCUCCCGUGACGUGUCGGUCCAUUGUAUUAUUUGCCAAAUGAGUCAAAUUUCAUGAUCAAAUCAUUUGAGGUUGUUUUAUUUGAGUGGUGGGACUUCUGCCGUCUUCUGACUUUAAACAAUUUGUCUCGCAGAACACCAACAAACCAGCUAUAAUCCAUUACAACUACACACGUGAUAGGAUUUAAAAAAACACACGCACACACACACACACAGGCAAGAUGAGUGAUGAUGGUCAGAUGAUGAAUUGAUUUGUC